AUGAAGGUCUUUCUCAUCAUCGCCAGCCUUCUUACUGCGAUGGUUACAGCAGACUGUGACCCUGCUAAUUGCUGUUACAAAAAUUAUGCUACUUGUGCUCAGCACAAUGAAGGGAGACAGUUUUUGACUCAGCACGAAUACUGUGCGCAGCGAUUACCCUGCGCCGAUAGAGUCUUGGCCACCUGUGAUGCAGACUGCUCUGACUAUGAUGGCGCCGGUAUGCCAUGCUAG